AAAGCAUGCUGGGGCCGUUUUGACGGCGCUGACGGCGGCAAGUCUCAAACCUGGUCCCGGUGAGCUCGAGACAAGGUUGGAGGGAAGAAGGCUCAGGGAGGCCGAGGAUCCGACCCGGCCGCCCCGAGCGGCCUCCCUCGUGUACGCGGGGACCGCAGCUGACCGGAGCGGCGGCGCCCUCGGCUCUCCAGGGAGAGGCGAGCCACUGGCCUGGGCUGGGCAAAGGGGCGCGGCCCCCCUCCCCCCCGGCUUGUCGGAUGGGCACAGAUAGGACUUGGUUGUGGCUGUCCUGUCUUAGCGCUAAGGACGUCUAGGUCCCUGACAGACUUGCCCAGGCAACUCGAGGAAGGCGCUGGAGAAUCGGAGGGGAUGGAACCUGCGAAUACAUUUUGUCACCAUGGAGAGUCCAAAGGAGGUAUUCUAGUUCACUUGGAAAGACUAGAGACUCAAAGGAACAAAUCUCAUACAAAAUCUGAAGAGCUGCCAAGAGCUCAGACAAGUGCUCUUGGAACCAAGUGUCAUGAACUGAGGCGCCUGCGAGAUAAGCUGAGGGCUGAAGUGAAGCAACGGCAAGCCGCAAUUAAAGCAUCUGACCAAAUAGUGGAGUUCAGUGGACAAGAAGUUUUGGAAAGGCAACAGGAAACCUUGAAAGCCAUUUUGCAGGCAUACCAUUUUACAGGGCUUAGUGGAAAGCUGACCAGCCAUGGAGUCUGUGUGUCCAUCAGCACUGCCUUUGAGGGGAACCUUCUGGAUUCUUACUUUGUUGACCUUGUCAUAGAGAGACCACUGUGGAUACAUCACCAUUCCAUCCCAGUCUUCAUUCCUCUAGAAAAGAUAGCUGCAAAACACCUACAGACUGAUAUUCAGCGCUUCAUGUUCAGUCUCUGCGAACACCUAAAUGCUUACUCGGGGAGGAAGUAUCAGGCAGAUCGACUUGAGAGUGACUUCACAGCCUUCUUGACUGGACCCUUGCAGAGAAACUCCCUGUGCAACUUGCUGUCAUUUACCUACAAAGUGAAUCAGGAACAUCAGGCCUUGUUUAGUGCCAGACUGCUGUAUGAGGACCUCACAGGAACUCUUCCAACUGAUGUUACUGUUAUGUAUCAAGGGAUGGAGACAGAGGCAUUAUCCAACUCAUGGGAGAAGCACAGGCUAGCCCAUGAAAGACUGCUCCUUACAAAGCCUCUGCAUCAAGUAUUUGCUUCGUUUUCAGGAGAAGAAAAUUUGGACUUGAACCUGGUCUCCUAAAAUGUUUCUUUUGGGAACACAUUUGAUGUUAGUGAGGCUGUACUGCCCCAUACUCCAGGGCCUGAGGCCAGAAACUAGGAAAGGCUCAGAGUCCUUGCCUGGAAACACAAUCUGCUUCAUCAUCAGGAUGACAAGGGACACACUUGAGUUCUCAUGAUUGGCCACUUAUUAUGAUGCUCAAAGUCUGUUCUUCUGAAGUACUGGUUGAUUCAGUCAUGGAUGUAUAUUUUAGCUGAAAGUCAGAAUGAUUUGUGGAAUAGCUAAUGUCAUGAAAAACUAGAGUAUUUGUAGAAGCUGUUAUUCUGCCUUGUUUUUCUAAGACAGUUUAAAAGGAAGUUCUUAGAAUAUUCUAGAUUCAUGAAAAAAUGUACACUGCAGUGAAAGGAAGUAUGUUUAAUCUUUAGUUUGCAGUCAUAUAUUCUAGGUCACUGUUGUAUAGGGAAUGUGGUGUGAAGAAAGAUUUUGUGUAUUUUAAUGUUUUGUUUCCUAAGACAUCUUCAUAGAAAGCUGUAUAUAUAAAAUCACCUGGAGUAAAAUAAAAAAGCAAAAGGAAGUAGAACUUCCUCAAUCAUGUCUUCCUCCUUCUACAAGCUCCUAGCCAUAGCUGUAGGUCUUCCUCCCCAUUUCCUAAGACCUUCACUGUGUCUUCUUUCUGUAACCAUGGGUUUCUGCUUUGCUGGCAUUCAUCUGUCCUUGGCGUAGGGCCAGUUGACAGCUGUCAAAACCUUUCUGACUGGUCAAGUUCUCCCAUUACAAUUCCUCUUCCUCUUUUGCCCAGUCACAAAUAGGAGCUUUACUCCAGAGACCCAGAGUUGUAUUCAGGCCUCAUUGUAAAUGCCAUUUCCUAGACCUCUCCAAGGGUGGGAGCUCCAGCAAACUCCAGAAGCCAGUCUGGGUCACUCUUUCAAAGACAGCUACUUACAAUGAAAGAUGUUUUAGUUCAAGCUCUUGCCUUCUAGGCACAUGGUGGGGACAAAUGGUUUGAGUCAGCAAAGCACUCAGUGGGGCGCAUUAACAGAAUUGCCACAACGAUCCCAUCAAGUUGAAUAAAGCUUUUAAUAAAACA